AGUGAGCCUCGGACUUCAAACCGUUACUCAGUGAACUGGGCUGUGAGUUUUUCUAAUUUACGAAAAUGUUCCGUUGUUUAAUACCCACUGCGCUGAUUCUUGUUGCAAGUGUUUCGCAUCAAGGAUCUGCAUCGAGAAUACUCGGCAUAUUUCCGACACCGUCGUUCAGUCAUCAAGUCGUAUUCCGAGGUCUGACCAUGGCUUUGAGGGAUCGUGGACACGAACUUGUCGUUAUAACGACAGAUCCAGUCAACGAUCCAACGCUACAGAACUACACGGAAAUAGAUGUGAACUUUUUAUACGAGAAUUUCAAUGCAGACGUUGAUUGGAUAGCAACUCGAAAAAAAGGGACAUGGUUUGAAUUGAUCUAUAACUUAGUUCCACGGUUGGUAGUGAUAACUGAACAAAUUUUCAAUCUCCCGGAAGUGAAAAAGUUGUGUUCAACCAACAGUGGGGAGAAGUUUGACUUGUUGAUGAUUGAGAUGCUGUAUUGGCCGGCCUUUCUACCUCUCGCCGAACGAUUUGAUGUUCCAGUCAUAGGUAUGACAUCUUUCGGUUUGCCUUUUCAAAUGCAGUAUGGAAUCGGCAAUCCUAUAAUGCCAUCUCAUCCAGCUCAUUGGGACGCUGAGAUAAAAGAGCUCGGUAGAUUAUCGCUUUGGCAAAGGCUGCAGAACUUCGUGCAUGCGUGGAGAUUCUUGCACUUUUAUAGAACAGAUUAUUUGCCAAGGCAACAGGCGAUUGCGGAAAAAUAUUUUGGAAGCGGCAUCCCUGAUGUCGCAGACCUUGAAAGAAACGUUAGUUUGGUUUUCGUCAAUCAGCAAGCACCGAUUUCGUUUGUGAAACCAAAUAUUCCCAAGAUCAUAGACAUUGGUGGAUUCCACGUCUCAAAGCAGAUUGAUCCUCUGUCGCAGCACCUUCAGAGAAUUUUGGACAAUGCGACGCAAGGCUUUAUAUACAUGAGCCUUGGAUCGAACGUCAAGAGCGUCAUGUUGAGUAUGGAAACACGGGGAGAAUUUCUGGCAGCGUUUUCUAAACUACCCUACACUGUCAUUUGGAAAUUCGAGGAUGAUAUUCUUCCCGGCCAGCCAGAUAACGUAAUAAUCACAAAGUGGGCUCCACAGCAGUCUAUUUUAGCGCAUCCCAAUAUCAAAGCUUUCAUAUAUCAGGGAGGGCUUCAGAGCACAGAGGAGACGAUUUCUCACGGUGUUCCCGUGAUCGGUCUACCAGUCUUUGCCGAUCAGGAUACACAAGUAAAUAAAAUGGUGUCCCUUGGCGUUGGGACAAAGUUAGAAAUCCUCACUGUAAACAGGAUGGAGUUGCUGAAAGCGAUUCAAUCCGUUGUGCUCGAUGGCAGCUACAAGCAACGGAUGUUGAAGUUGCGGGAUUUGAUAAGAGACAAGCCGUACGAUUCAUUGGAGAACGCGGUUUGGUGGACGGAACACGUGAUACGUCACAAGGGUGCUCCUCAUCUCCACUCGACGACCGCCGACGAUCCUUGGUAUCAGCAGCAGGACAUGGACUUGAUUUUCUUAAUAUCAACCGCAGUUUGGACAGCUUUGAUCGUAACACUAUUUGUACUAUACAAGUUAUUACUUCACAGUAUUCAUGUGCUGAAGUAUCAGCUGCUCGUUAGCAAGAAGAAAAAAAAACAGUCCUCACCUGGUGACACGACUAAGCGACGUCUCAUCGCCGCGUCUUAUCUAUACUCGAACUUAUUACUUUCAACCAUUGGCGUAGAUACCGUAGAACCAUACGAAUACUGUCUCACACUGCCUCGAAGGCUCUUGGGAGGCAAAAUCAUAGAAUUCAGCCAAGGAGUCGUCACUCGUUCGCUCCCACCACAAUCCCACGCAGAUCGUCGGAUGCCGUUUUGUUGGAUACGAAGAGAUAAUAGACGUCUGCCUGCUUCAAAACGUCAGUCUGCACGCUGUGCCGUUGUUAUUUUAGAUGUGUGUACAAAGAUGUCGCGUAUAUUAAUAAUGGCCGCACUGAUUCUAUGCACGAGUGUUUUUCACCAUGUAUUUUCAUCGAGAAUACUCGGAAUAUUUCCGUUUCCUUCGAUCAGUCAUCAAAUCGUAUAUCGCGGACUAACGCUGGCGCUGAGGGAGCGAGGUCAUGAACUCGUUGUCAUCACUACGGACCCGAUCAAAGAUCCAGGCCUGAAGAACUACACGGAAAUAGAUAUACAUUUUCUCUACGAUGGUUUUAAUAAGGACAUAGAUUGGAUAGCAAUUCGAAAGAAGGAGUCAUGGCUUGAAUUGGUCCAGAGAGUAAUGUCAAGGUUCAAUUCGAUGACUGAACACGUUCUCAGUAUUCCGGAAGUAAAACAAUUGUAUUCACCCAACAGUGGACUGAAGUUUGACUUGUUGAUGAUCGAGAUGCUGUAUUGGCCGGCUAUUUUACCUCUCGCCGAACGACUUGGCGUUCCAGUUGUGGGUGUAGCAUCUUUCGGUUUGCCGAUUCAUUUGCAAUAUGGAAUUGGUAAUCCCAUAAUGCCAUCUCAUCCAGCGCAUUGGGACUCCAAGAUAAAAGUGUUUGGAAAAUCUUCACUUUGGGAAAGGCUACAGAAUUUCGUGGACGCUUGGAGAUUUGUACACUAUUACAGGACGGAUUAUCUGUCGAGGCAACAGGCGAUUGCUAGGGAAUAUUUUGGAAGCGAUGUUCCUGAUGUUGCUGAUAUCGAAAAAAAUGUUAGUGUGAUUUUCGUCAAUCAGCAAGCACCGAUUUCAUUUGUCAGGCCGAAUAUUCCCAAAAUAAUAGACAUCGGUGGAUUUCACAUCUCAGAGACAGUCAAGCCGCUGUCAAAGAACCUUCGGAAGAUUUUGAAUGACGCGACGCAAGGCUUCAUAUACAUGAGCCUCGGAACAAAUGUCAAAAGCAUCAUGAUGAGUAACGAAUUGCGAAAAGAGUUUAUAGCCGCAUUUUCGUUACUACCCUACACCGUUAUUUGGAAGUUCGAAGGUGAUACUCUUCCUGGCCGACCGGACAACGUGAUAAUCAUGAAGUGGGCCCCACAGCAGUCCAUUCUAGCGCAUCCAAAUCUGAAAGUAUUCAUAUACCAAGGAGGACUUCAAAGCACAGAGGAGGCGAUUUCUCAGGCCGCUCCCGUGAUCGGUUUACCUGUUUACAGCGAUCAGGACACACACGUGAAUAAACUGGUUUCCCUUGGUGUUGGAAAGAAGUUGGAAAUCCUCACCGUCAACAGGAUGGACCUGGUAGAAGCAAUUCAGUCGAUUGUGCUCGAUAGUAGCUACAAGAAACGGAUGCUCGAAUUGAGGGACUUGCUAAAAGACAAGCCGCACGAUUCGUUGGAGAACGCGGUUUGGUGGACGGAACACGUGAUACGUCACAAGGGUGCUCCUCAUCUCCACUCGACGACCGCCGACGAUCCUUGGUAUCAGCGGCAGGACAUGGACCUGAUUUUUAUUAUUUCUACCGCGAUAUGGACAGCUGUGAUUAUAAUACUAGUUUUGUUAUACAAGGUAUUGGUUAACAGUGUUUGUUUCCUAAGCCGUAAUCAGCUGUCAGUUGGCAAAAAAGAAAAAUUGUAUUAA